CUCUGCCAAAACUACGUAGCAUUACAAUAUUUUUUCCUCGUGGACAGUCUCAGAUUAUCUACGAAUUUUUUCAGCCGCUUUCGGACAUCGAACAAGUCAUCAAGCUAUCACACCAUUUUGAUGGGUACAAGACAGAUUCUUCUAAACUUGCUUUUACGGAUCCAAACCAUGGCUUCCAUUUUCCAAUAAAAAAGAAACAGCACAGAUAGGUUUAAAAUGGAGGAUAAAGAGCAAAUCCUUGAUGAAGACAAUGAUACUGUGGAAUCAGAACAGGAGCAGAGUGAAAAGCCUGAUGGAGGGUGGGGUUGGGUGGUUUGCUGUGGUACCUUCAGUGUCAACUUUAUAGUGUUUGGUAUUCAUAACUCAUUUGGUGUUGUGUACGAGUAUUUGGUAGAUGAACAACACAUGGGAGAAGCUGAGACAGCCUGGGUUGGUGCAAUGGCCGGUUCCCUCAACUUCUUGUGUGGUCCGCUGUGCAGUAUUUUGUGUGAUCGCUUUGGAUGUCGUCGAGUAGCGUUUGUUGGCGCCCUUCUAUCUGUAACUGGACUUUUUCUUACGUCGCUUGUGACUCGCUUGCAUUACAUGUACCUUACCUAUGGACUUCUUUGGGGGGUGGGGUCGAGUUUUUCCUUUGUACCUUCCAUCGUGAUGUUAGGUGAAUACUUUGAUAAAAGAUUAGCACUAGCAAAUGGAUUAGGUACCAGCGGAAGUGGAGUGGGUUCAUUGGUCGCCUCGCCUGCCAUCAAUUACUUACUCUGGGUCGUCGGAUGGAGUAAUUCUCUGCGCAUACUCAGUGGAGUCGCAGCGUUUCUUGUUGUGGCGUGCUUUCUCUAUAAACCGCUGAAAACAAGACAGCGUGACAGAGCCGUGACAAAACAGUGUAGCCAGUUGUGUGACGUUUCAAUUUGGAGGAACCGGGCUUACGUAGCCUGGGUACUAACAGUAGCGUUAUUUCAGUUCGGAUAUCCGGUCCCUUUCGUCCAUUUGGUGAAAUACGCCAAUGAUCUUGGUAUCCCGACUUCCAAGGGAGCAUGGCUGGUCGGUUUCCUUUCGAUCAUGUCUACUUUGGGGCGUGUGAUAUUCGGGAAGAUCUGUGAACAACGAUGGGUCAACAAAGUUUACGUCUAUCAGUUUUCAGUGUUUAUCAUAGGACUUAGCACGAUGAUCUGUCCAAUCACAGAAGGCUACGCGGGUCUCUUGACUUACUCUCUUGUGUUUGGUUUUUUCGAUGGAUGCUUUGUAGGGCAAGUGGCUGUAAUCACUGGAGAAAUUGCUGGAAAGAACAGGCUCUCACAAGCAGUGGGAAAUAUGUUUGGGGUGUUGGCCAUCCCCAUGAGUUUUGGACCACCGGUCGCUGGCUGGCUUUACGAAGCUACAGGUUCUUACCACCAGGCAUUCUUUGUGUGUGGAAGUGUGGGCAUCAUGGCUUCUCUGUUUGUCUUUGUCGUGUCUCGUUUGCAUCGAAAUCAAAGACAAUAUUACAUCUCCAGCAGGAGAGGAAGCAAAAAUACGGACUCAAAUAAAGACUGUAGGUAUGGAGGGAGUUUGGAAACUGAAAGUGAAAUGUCUAACAUGAUAAGGGGAGAGACGACAUCUCGUGAAGUCCUCAUCGUCGCAGAUAAAGAAACUGUUCUGUAGUUGCUUGUUUUGUGCGUCACGCAACUUCUUGAGUACGUUGCGUGACCAUGUUGUAGGUUUGGUUUUUUUUUUUUUUUUUAAUGACUACAGCGCGUUUCGAUCGUGUGUCGUUAAACGAAAACCAAAGUUAUCACAACAGCCAAUUAGAAAAAAAGGAAAAUAUCUCAAGGAGCCAAUGAGGACAUAGAAUAUCAUGAGCAAACUGCUUGAAGCGCGGGAAAACAGGCAUUUUUUAAAUUCAUUUUGCCGGUGUAAUGUUGUAGAAGUUUUCUUCUCCUUCUUCCCACGUGAAAUUGGUAUAACUUUCCUCAAAGAAAAUAAGUUUACCCGAACUUAAAGCAGUGGUGUAUAGAUAUAUAUGACCUUCAGGCUAAUGAGGAAAUUUGGAUUCUGAGCAUUUUCUUAAGGUGUUAUUUAACUUUUCCUACGUGUGACGUGGAUCGUGGAUCAUAUCACCACGUAAGAUCUUUGCUGUGAAAUUAUAUAUAUACAUAUAUAUAUAUGGGUUGGGUUUGUGUGUGUGUGUAUAUAUAUUUUUAAUUGGAAUUAAUGUGAGUGAUUACGCAUUUUUAAGGGAGCCUUCGGUAGCUUCCUUUUCUGAUCGUUGUUUUUUUGUUUUGUUUUUUCGCGUCGUCAAAUUUAAGCGUGGGUUUUAUUUAUGUUGAGUGCACACUUUCUCUGAAGAUAUUUAACGCGGAAAAGCCUGUUUUACUAUGGGUUACUUGUGCAAACAUUUCUGGAAAUUUUUUAAGUACUUUGGAGAAAUGCUUGAUAAACUCUUGCGAGAGGAACAGAACUAGGAAAUUAUAACGAAAUAAUUAUUUAUGCAGACAUUAUUUACAUUUCUAUCUACAAGUCGCUUAUUUAAAUAAACGCCAGUGUUCUAUGUGUUUCUCAAGCAAAGGGUUGUGGAAAUAUUUUACUUACUGUGAGAGAAUGUUUUUUAUUUUAAAUUAUUUCAAAAUUAAUAUAAAAAUUUCGGCAGAGCGUAAAUACGAAAUUAUACUUUACGAGAAAAAUUUGUUUUCUUGAAAUGUUAUUCACAUUUCUAGCCACAGGUCGCGUAUCUAUUUGCACUUCGAUUGUAUUUAAAUGUGAGAAAAAAAAGGGUGUACUUCAGAUAAUUUAUUUUUGGAAGAGGCUAUUUAUUGCUAUCAAGCAAUCAUUAUUUAAUUAGACUGAUAUGAAAUAAAGCUUCAGUUCUAUGCAGGGAAUUGUUUAUUGCCAGA